UGGCGUUUUGCAUUUCCGGUUCCGGUUGUGGGUCCGUCCGGGUCUGGGGGUCUGUAGGACAAGCCAGGGGGAAACAGCUACACCUAAGAUGUCCCACCACUUGAAAUUCGUCGCCCGGACAGUGAUGGUCCCUAACGGCAAUGUAGAAGCCGCCUACAAAGUCCUCAACAGGAUCCUAACCAUGGACGGCAUCAUUGACGAGGCCAAGCGGCGGCGCUAUUACGAGAAACCCUGCCGCCGGAGGCAGCGCGUGGCGUAUGAGACAUGCCGGAGGAUCUAUAACACCGAAAUGGGGCGCAAGAUCAACUUCCUCAUGCGGAAGAAUCGUGCGGAUCCUUGGCUCGGCUGCUAAGCUUUGAAGGCUUCCCGGAGAGCAGACGUCUGCAAAAUUGACUUUUGCGUUUUGUCCCAUUUAGAUGGCUUUCUGAACAAUGCUGGCUGGUGUAAGUGGAGGAGAUGGCACUCCGGUUUUUCCCUUUCAAUGAGAUCUCUAGGUCUGGUUACCCAUCUUUUCUUUAGAUUUGAAAAUGGGUGAAGUCAUUCAAAAUAAUUUCCUGCAGCAUUUGUCAAUAGCAAGCUUAAUUCACAACCUCGUGACCCUACAUGUUCAGCAAAAUCACUUCGUAGUCUACCCUGGAUCAAACUAUUUCUAUUUGUCGGUGCUGAAUGCUUCUUAAAUUACGUUGAGGGGCAGCUCUGAACGAUUACAUCAGGCAUAUAUAUACUAUUGUUUAGAUUUCUGCAUGCAGGUAUGUUUGUUUCCAUGCAUUUUUUUUUAAAAGAGUUCCAUUCCUCCCCACUUGUAGUCUGAGGUGGUACAAUCCGGGAAAGACACGACCGUGUAAUUUUGCCCAUUAACUUGAGGUGUCCAACUUUCACCAGUCUAUAGGAUUUCUGGAGGCCAAUAAACGUUUUAAAACAA